AUGGGCCUGGGUGGUUGGUGGUCGUGUUUGUGCGCUUUGGGGAUUCUUGCCUCCCCAUGUUGGGGCAUCAGACAGUGUCUGAGAGGGAUUACAAUCAAUGUGAUCCUGCUGGAUGAUGAGGAGUCUCCCUGGAGCCUGAAGUUUGUGGAAAAAGAAAUACUGAAGGCCAUAGAAACAGAUGCAGCCAACAAUUCCUCACAAGGUAUGAAGUUUAACCUCACGGCCAACUUUGGCGGGUUCAACACCACCAUUUAUCGACAUAGAGGCUGCCAGAGUACCGCGUGUGAGGGAGUGGAGGAGCUGAAAAACCUGAUGAACACAGACAAGCUGGGAUGUGCUGUGCUCGGGCCCACCUGCACCUACGCUACCUUCCAAAUGGUUGAUGCGGAAAAAGGUCUGAAGCUCAGAACACCCAUCAUCUCUGCAGGGAGCUUCGGUCUCUCCUGCGACUACACCCUCAACCUGCAGCGCCUCCUGCCACCUGCACGCAAGAUCUCAGACUUCUUCAUUCACUUCUGGAGGAACAGCAACGAGAUCAAACCUGAGUGGAAGACAGCCUAUGUUUACAAGAAACAGAGCAACACUGAGGACUGCUUUUGGUAUAUAAACGCACUGGAUGCAGACUUGAGCAAGUUUUCCCAAAAUAUUAGCAGAACGGUGCUGCGCAGACCAGAUGAACUAUCACGAGUUCUUUCAUCACCCCAAAACAGGACAAGCAACUUGUUCAUCAUGUGUGGAUCACCAAUGGACAUAGUGGAGGUGAAAAGUGGCUCCCCUGAGGCAGACAGCAGCAAUAAUCUCUUCAUCCUUAUUGAUCUUUACAAUGAUAAAUACUACAUCAACACAACGUCACUGCCGUCCAUGAGAAACGUGUUGGUACUGACGAUGCCAAACACCAGAAACUACAUCAUCAACACAGACCUUAAAGACAACAACACGAUGAAUGACUACAUGGCUGCGUAUCAUGACUCGGUGCUGCUGAUAGGCCAGGUGAUGAGGGACAUUUUGGAGAAACCUCCGUCAGAGAUUCAGCAGAUGGAGUUUGUCAAUGUGAAUUACUUCAGGAACAUCUCCUUUAAUGGAACUGCUGGAAACUACAAACUGGACAAGCACGGAGACAGAGAUGUGAAUCUCUCAGUCAUUUACACCACUACUGACCUAGAGUACCGUGUUUUAUUUACAUUUGACACUGAGCUCAACCUAACUACAAUAGUUGAGACAGACCCUUCCUUCAUCUGGGGAAAAAGACUUCCUGAUUUCAAACCAUAUUCAGAUCAGGCGUCUCUUGACAUCAUUGUCAUUGUGUUGGCCGUCACAGUGGUUGUAGUCGCCACCAUCGCCUUCAUUUUCUACAGACAGUACAGGAGGGACCGUCUGCUCAGGAAGCGCUGGUCUCACAUCCCUUCUGAUCUCGUCACACUGCUGGAGAAUAACGAACUCAACAUCAUCUCUCUUAAGAUUGAAGAUGAGAGGAAAAAGAGGAAAUUCCAGAUCCGCCGUGCACUGUACGAUAAGAAGGUUAUAAUUCUGAAGGAGCUGAAGCACUCGGAUGGGAACUUCAAUGAAACCCAGAGGAUAGAACUUAAUGCGCUCCUUCAAAUCGACUAUUACAGCCUCACAAAGUUUUAUGGCACGGUGAAGUUUGAUCAGGGUGUGUUCGGAGUGUUUGAGUAUGGAGAGAGGGGAUCGCUCAGGUAUGUGCUGAAUGACAAGAUUUCAUACCCAGAGGAGACCUUCAUGGACUGGGAGUUCAAGAUCUCCGUCAUGUAUGAUAUCGCCAAGGGCAUGUCCUACCUCCAUGCCAGCGACAUCCAGGUGCACGGUCGUCUCAAGUCCACCAACUGUGUGGUGGACAAUCGCAUGGUGGUGAAGAUCACAGAUUUUGGCUGCAACAGCUUUCUUAGCCCUGGCGCAGACUUGUGGACAGCCCCGGAGCACCUGAGGAGACAUGGCACUUCUCAGAAAGGAGACGUCUACAGCUUUGCCAUCAUCUCUCAGGAGAUUGUUCUCAGAAAGAACACCUUCUACACGGAGUGCUGCUCUGACCGAGCAGAAAAGCUGUCCAGGGUCAUCAUGUCCUACUUUAGACCUGACCUUAACUUUGAGACGGCUUCAGAGAAAGAAGCAGAGGUCUAUAUGCUGAUAAAAAGCUGCUGGGAUGAGGAUCCAGAGAAAAGACCAGACUUUAAGAAGGUAGAAAACUGUCUUGGGAAAAUCAUCAGUAAAAUCCAUAACCAGGACAAUGAGAGCUACAUGGAUAACAUGAUCAGACGGCUGCAGAUGUAUUCCAGAAACCUGGAGCACCUGGUGGAGGAGAGGACGGCUCUCUACAAAGCGGAGAGGGACAGGGCCGACUGCCUCAACUUCAUGCUGCUUCCUGGCCCAGUGGUGAAAAGCCUGAAGGAGACUGGGAUGGUGGAGCCAGAGCUGUACGAGGAGGUGACGAUAUAUUUCAGUGACAUCGUCGGUUUCACCACUCUGUGCCAGUACAGCACGCCGAUGGAAGUUGUGGACAUGCUCAACGACAUCUACAAGGGCUUUGACAGCAUCGUCGACCACCACGAUGUAUACAAGGUGGAGACAAUAGGUGACGCCUACAUGGUGGCCUCUGGGCUGCCGAAGAGAAACGGAAACAGGCACGCGGUGGACAUCUGUCGCAUGGCUCUGGACAUCCUUGCGUUCAUGGGUACCUUCCAGCUCAGACACCUGCCUGGAAUCCCUGUGUGGAUACGCAUCGGUGUACACUCAGGUCCCUGUGCAGCGGGUGUUGUGGGGAUAAAGAUGCCCAGAUAUUGUUUAUUUGGAGACACAGUAAACACAGCAUCUCGUAUGGAGUCCACAGGGCAUCCUCUGCGGAUCCACGUCAGUGAGCCUACUAUAAAUAUCCUGCAGAGGACGGACUGCAUGUUUGAAUAUGAGAUCAGAGGAGAAACAUACCUGAAGGGUAAAGGCACAGAGACGACAUACUGGUUAACAGGUGAAACUGGAGAAGACUACGACCUCCCGACUCCUCCCACAACAGAGAACUUCCAUCGGCUCCAGCAGGACCUCGCCCACAUGAUCCUGGCGUGCCUAGAACGCCGUUCUCGAGCGUCUGUCCGGAGGAAGAAGCCACACCAGUGUCAGAGGAAGGAGGAUGAUAAGGAUCAGGAGUCAGAGGUGGAGUCUGAGAGUGACCAGCCUGAGUACCUGCAUUUGGCCACUGUCGAUAACACACUCAGUACCUUCCUGUAGGACAAACCUGCCUGGGCGUUACUACACUACAGCAGCAGGUAGAGGCAGCGAGGGAAAGACUGUUGCACUGUACACAACAAAUUUCACCGGGUGUUGUGUGAACAAAAUAAUGUACAAAAUAAGUGCCCUCUGUACAACUGGAAAGUCUCAGUAAGGACGUAUUUGUCAUUAGGUCCUCUCAUUGUUGGUUUGUGUUCCGUAAGAUGGAUGAGGAUGUGAAAGGUGCUUGUUUGUUUUAAUUUCAGGAUUUAUUUCUGAUAUGCAGCAGACAUACUUGCUCAUAAGAAAUUAGAAUUUCUUGUAUUUCACUUGCUUGUUCUCCUUAUUGAGCCCAGUGUUAAGCACAGAUGUGAAGACAACAGGGAGUAAAGCAGGGACACAAUCUGUUUCUGAUAAAUUCAAACUUGUUCAGAUGACAUUCAUGUCAUGUUCUUGUACAUAUGGACCUUUCUUCUGCAUAUUCUUGUCUUUUACAAAGGCUUAUCAGUUGUUUAAAUAUGUAAUUUAUAUACUGCUUGGUCUAAAACUAGGUCACAGUGAGUCGGCAGAUCCUCAGUAAGAUGUUGCAUUUAUGUUCAGUACUCAAUACGACUUUCUCUGGAAGGGAAUGGUGUCUUUGUAAAGCAGGAAGACAAGAAGAAGACAUACAAGUAACAAAACACAACAAACCACAUGUACCUGUAGCCAAACGGUGGCAUAAGUGAUACUAUACAACAUUUGUAUAUAACUUAUUCUAAAGAAAGCAUUAGAUACCAAUGUACAAUAACAUGUGAGUUAACACAAUCAGAUCACGGUGGUAAUGUUUGCCUCCAGAAAAACAAGAUUUUCAAAUCUGUAUUUUAAACCAAAGGACAAAGUUUUAUUUUGUUGAGAAUGGUGACAUUCAUUUACAUUAAGUAAAAAAAAAAAAAAAAAAAAAAAA